UUGAAUUCUUUCCCUCUCUCUUGCGCUACGCUGCUGGUAUUUCUAGACAUGGGACGAAUCAUUUGGUCUUCCAUUCCACUUUGACAAAGAAAUUCUCAUUCUCUUGCUUGAUCUUCUUCUCUUCUCCGCGAUUUUGACUAUCUUCGUCUUCUUCGAUUCUUCUUAUCGCCUUCUCUCGCCCACGCUUGUUCUUCCUCAUUGUCGUUUUGGUCUUGGAUCCCUUGAAAGCGCCAAAGCCCCAUUUCUAGCUUCCGACACAAAUUGCUCGCGAACCGCUCGCCAAUUGCGAGAUCGCGCGCGCGUUCCGGGCACCCUCUUCGCCGCUCUCUCCCCGCGCGCUCCUCUCGCCAUCGCCCAGAUUCGAGAGAAUUGACCCACCAUUCCAAUCCAGACUCACGGCUUCGUCCCACCUCGAUCCUCCAGUGUUUCCGCGUCUAAUCCUUGGCCAUGGGCUGCUCGCUACCUGCGAUUCUCGCCAUUCUCCUCUUCCACUGCUGCAUUGCCGCGGCUGCCCCGCUCAGCGAUCUCGUCACGAAUCUCCCCGGCCAGCCGCGCGUCCGAUUCCGGCAGUACGCGGGCUACGUGACGGUGGAUCCAUCCGCGGGGCGAGCAUUGUUCUACUAUUUCGUGGAGGUGGAAGGCGGUGCUCCACAGUCCAAGCCUCUCACGCUUUGGCUCAAUGGAGGUCCCGGAUGCUCGUCGAUUGGAUGCGGUGCGUUUACGGAGCUGGGACCAUUCUAUCCAAAUGCUUCCGGCACUGGACUGCUGAGAAAUCCACAGUCAUGGAACAAAGUUUCCAAUCUCUUGUUCUUGGAUUCGCCCGCUGGAGUUGGAUGGUCGUAUUCCAACACCAGCUCCGACUAUGACAACGUUACCGAUGAGAAAACUGCUCAAGAUACGCUCCUGUUCUUGCUGGGAUGGUUCAGAAAGUUUCCAGAGUUUAGAAGUUCCGACCUCUACAUCACUGGCGAGAGCUACGCAGGACACUAUGUCCCACAAUUGGCUUCCGUCAUUCUUGGACACAAUGAGCGCAAUCGCCAGGAAGAACUCCGGUUGAAAGGCAUUGCAAUCGGAAAUCCCUUGCUCAAUCUCGGGAUAGACACCGCUGCCAUGUACGAGUACUUUUGGUCGCACGGGUUGAUCUCCGAUGAUACUUUCGCCGCCGUCAAGGGAGCUUGCAACUUCGAGGACUACGAGCUCGGGGCCGAGAAGCAGCACAACGUUUCCAACCAGUGCGACGUGAUCAUGGGCAAGUCCGACGACGAGGUGGGCGAUUUCAUCAAUAACUACGACGUGAUCCUCGACGUGUGCCUGCCGUCGCUGUUCCUCCAGGAGCUCAGGCUGAAGCAACACAUCACUCAGAAGAGCUAUGGAGUUGAUGUUUGCAUUGAUGACGAAAGAGACCUCUAUCUCAAUGACUACAGAGUACAGCAAGCUCUUCAUGCCAACGUUACAGGACUCAACUACAAAUGGACAAUGUGUGACGGGCCCGUCCAAUACUAUCUCCAGGAUGGUAGCAUCGACAUUGUUCCCUUGCUCCAAAGCAUCGUCAAAACCGGCCUUCGUGUCUGGGUUUUCAGUGGCGAUCAGGACUCUGUCGUGCCAUUGACUGGAACCCGGACAAUAAUCAAUGGGCUUGGCAAAAGUCUCAAUCUUCCAGCUACAGUCCCAUACACUGCCUGGUACUUGGGAGGCCAGGUUGCCGGAUGGACGCAAGUUUAUGGAAAUCUCACGUACGCGACGAUACGAGGAGCAGCGCAUAUGGUUCCUUACGCUCAACCCGCGCGAGCGUUGCUACUCUUCCAAACUUUUCUCUCCGGCCAGACGCUUCCCAAGAACAGCUAACACUUUCCAAGAUGGGAUAUCGAUGGACACCAAAACCGAGCACACCAUUUUUCCCAGCAACAUCUCGAUACAAACGAAAGCGCGAAAGCAGGGUCUCUGCUCAAAGGAGUGGAAAUCCUCCUCUCUUUUCUUUCACUUUCGAAGAAUCGAAGCAAACAAAAAGAGGAAAAAAAACCACACACACACACAAUACAAGGAAGAAGAAGAAGAAGAGAAAGAUACGAGGCAAAACGAGCCGAGUUUGAUGCUCUUGUAAGCUCUAUAGCAAAGCAAACACAAAGCAUGUACUAUAUAGUUCUUUCAAAUCAUAGCCAGCGAGUGAUCAAA